ACCUCUUAUCUUCAAUGAUGAGCAAACCUACUAAAUUGGAUACCAAGCAACACAUACACCAGCUUCUCGACAACUACGACAACUUCCUUUUCGACUGUGACGGAGUGAUCUGGCUCGACGAGGUUCUCAUCCCUGGGGUUCUCGAUACCAUCAACUUUCUUCAGGCUCAGGGCAAAAGGGUGGCCUUUAUCAGCAACAACUCCUCCAAAUCUAGACAAGAGUACGUGGAAAAGUUCGACAAACUUGGUUUCAAGAACAUCACCAUCGACAUCAUCUACCCCACCUGCUACGCGGCGGCGCUAACCGUCAAGGAAGAACUCCAGAUCCCUGCUGGAUCCAAAGUAUGGGUGUUGGGAGACCAUGGCAUAGAAGAGGAAUUGCGACAACAAGGAUACAUUCCAGUCGGUGGCUCGGACCCUGCCCUUGACACUGAAUUCGACCUCGAUCACCAGCUUCUCCAGGUGGAUCCUCAUGUCAAAGCGGUGGUAGUCGGGUCUACCAAAAAGUUCAAUUACAUGAGAAUUGCAACCACCUUGCAGUACUUGUUGCACCAAAACAAGUCAUUGCCAUUUAUCGGCACCAACAUCGACCGAUCUUAUCCUGGCCACGGUGGGUUGGUGUUACCGGCCGGAGGAAGUGUGGUUAACUACAUGGAAUACACCGCCAACCGGGAGUUCAUCAACGUGGGAAAGCCAAGCCCCCUCUUGUUGGACACGGUGUUGAAGCACCAGGGGUUUGAGAGAGACAGAACCGUGAUGGUUGGUGAUACGUUGUACACAGACAUCAAGUUUGGUAACGAUGGUAAAUUGGGUGGCGGGAACGGUGGGUCGCUUUUGGUAUUAUCGGGAGGAACCAAGCAUCACGACUUGGAAGAAUUGCACACUCUUGACCAGUCUAUGGUGCCUUCGUUUAUCAUGGACUCCAUUGGUGAGUUAGUCCACUUUAUAGAUAACUAGAGAUACACAAAUUCUCGA